GUCUCUGGCCCACCAUUCCCUGCCACGUGGCUCCCUCACCUUUGCCAUCUCCUUCUCCUCCACCCCUUCCUAACUUCUAACCAUCUCUUCCCAUCCAACCCUUCUCGUGAUUCUCCCAACACAACCAAAGACUCUAUCUUUGAACCCUUCUUCACCAAUCACAACACACCCCUUUUUCUCGUUCUACCCCAUGCAACACCUCAACACACACACACACAAACACACUUUUUCUCUCUCAGCAUCCAAAUGAAUGAAUGAUACAAACUCUCACAUGACAAUAACAGAAAAACACAACACCAACUCACCCCUUUAGGCCUUAACGUAGCAGAUGACACAUUUCUCAUGUUUUUCACUUCUCAUGCUUACUUAAUAUCCAAGAAACCAUGUUGGACUUAUAACCACUGUACAUAUGUCGUAUAUUCUUGUUUCAAGUUCCUUUCUCAGAUAAUUUUCUUCAAGCCACUUUCUUUUUCCUUCCUAUACACAUCUUCUUUAGGAGAUAAUUCGGUUGACAAUAUCUACGUUGUUAGAGAUAUCAAAAGACCCCGGUUUUUGUUUUCUUCGUUUCUCAUCAUUUUCUUGAGAAAAACAGCGGGAAAGCGGUGAUGGCGGGGAAUGAAUGGAUUAAUGGGUACUUGGAGGCAAUACUUUCAACUGGGGCACCGACCAUUGAGGAGCAAAAGCCUGCACCUGUGACUCUCAGAGAUGGGGGGCAUUUCAACCCCACCAAGUACUUUGUGGAAGAGGUGGUGACAAGUGUUGAUGAAUCUGAUCUGUAUCGGACUUGGAUCAAGGUGGUUGCCACCAGGAACACCAGGGAGAGGAGUUCAAGGUUGGAGAACAUGUGCUGGCGCAUUUGGCACCUCACUCGCAAGAAAAAACAGUUGGAAUGGGAGGAAUCCCAGAGGGUGGCACACCGAAGAUGGGAGAGAGAACAAGGUCGCAGAGAAGCAACAGAGGACAUGUCUGAAGACUUGUCAGAAGGAGAAAAAGGCGAUGGUAUCGGAGAGAUGAUGCAAAGUGAGACCCCAAAGGAAAAAAUCCAGCGUCAGAUUUCCAACUUGGAAGUAUGGUCUGAUGACAAAAAGGAAAAGAAGCUCUAUCUUGUCCUCUUAAGCUUGCACGGAUUGGUUCGAGGAGAAAACAUGGAGCUCGGUCGAGAUUCUGAUACUGGUGGACAGAUUAAAUAUGUGGUAGAACUUGCUCGUGCACUUGCAAAAAUGCCUGGAGUAUAUAGAGUUGAUCUGUUUACACGCCAAAUCUCAUCCCCUGAAAUUGACUGGAGCUAUGGAGAGCCUACAGAAAUGCUAACUGUGGGUGGAGAUGAUGAUGAUAACAUUGGGGAGAGCAGUGGUGCAUAUAUCAUACGAAUACCCUUUGGUCCACGAGAUAAGUACCUCCAGAAAGAACUUCUUUGGCCUUACAUUCAAGAAUUUGUUGAUGGAGCAUUAGCUCACAUUCUCAACAUGUCAAAAGUCUUGGGUGAACAAGUUGGUGGGGGACAACCUGUGUGGCCAUAUGUAAUUCAUGGACAUUAUGCUGAUGCUGGAGACAGUGCUGCAAUUCUUUCAGGUGCCUUGAAUGUACCAAUGGUGCUGACAGGCCAUUCACUCGGAAGAAACAAGCUUGAACAACUUCUUAAGCAGGGACGUCAAUCAAAAGAAGAUAUCAAUUCAACAUACAAGAUGAUGAGGAGGAUUGAGGCAGAAGAACUUUCUCUGGAUGCAGCAGAACUUGUUAUCACUAGUACAAAGCAAGAAAUUGAGGAGCAGUGGGGACUUUAUGAUGGAUUUGAUGUCAAGCUUGAGAAAGUAUUGCGAGCUCGCGCUAGGCGUGGUGUGAACUGUCAUGGUCGAUUCAUGCCCAGAAUGGCGGUUAUCCCUCCUGGAAUGGACUUUAGCAAUGUUAUGAGCCAGGAAGAUGGCCCUGAAGCUGAUGGAGAGAUUUUUCAGCUUACUGCAAGUGUUGAAGGGUCUUCACCAAAAGCAAUGCCAUCAAUUUGGUCAGAAGUGAUGCGUUUCUUUAGGAAUCCUCACAAGCCAGUGAUCUUGGCCUUAUCAAGGCCAGAUCCAAAGAAGAACUUAACCACUCUUUUAAAAGCCUAUGGAGAAAGCCGUCCCUUAAGAGAACUUGCUAACCUUGUUCUCAUAAUGGGAAAUAGGGAUGACAUAGAUGAGAUGUCUUCUGGUAAUGCUAGUGUGCUCACAACAGUGUUGAAAAUGAUUGAUAAGUAUGACCUAUAUGGGCGAGUGGCAUACCCUAAACAUCACAAGCAAUCUGAUGUUCCAGAGAUAUACCGAUUUGCCGCAAAAACAAAGGGUGUUUUCAUCAAUCCUGCUUUAGUGGAACCUUUUGGUCUUACUUUAAUUGAGGCAGCAGCACAUGGGCUUCCAAUGGUGGCCACUAAAAACGGGGGACCAGUGGACAUUCAUAGGGCCCUGAACAAUGGUUUACUUGUGGAUCCUCAUGAUCAGCAAGCAAUUGCUGAUGCAUUGAUAAAGCUGUUGUCAGAUAAAAACCUGUGGCAUGAGUGCAGGAAAAAUGGUUGGAAGAACAUACACCUUUUCUCGUGGCCUGAACACUGCCGAACUUAUCUGACAAGGGUGGCUGCCUGCAGGAUGAGGCAUCCACAAUGGCAAACUAACACUCCUGGGAAUGAUAUAAAUGCUGAAGAGUCUUUCAAUGACUCACUUAAGGAUGUGCAGGACAUGUCCCUUAGACUCUCUAUUGAUGCAGACUUAGCAGGUUUAGGAUCCGGAUCAGACACGCAAGACCAAGUUAAGCGUCUCCUGAGCAAGAUGAAAAAACCAGAUUCAGGUAGUUUAAAUGACACUAACAAGUUGCCUGAAAAUGUAACUGGGAAAUAUCCUCUUCUGUGGAGAAGACGUAGGUUGAUCGUUAUAGCACUUGAUAUCUAUGAUGACAAAGGAGCUCCUGGUCAGACAAUGAUCCAGAUAGUGCAGAGGAUCAUUAAAGCUGCUCAAUUAGACCCUCAAAAUGCAAGAGUUUCUGGAUUUGCUCUGUCAACAGCCAUGCCAAUGCUAGAAACAGUAGAGUUCCUCAAAUCGGGCAACAUUCAAGCAAAUGAUUUUGAUGUUUUGAUUUGCAGCAGUGGUAGUGAAGUUUACUAUCCCGGAACUUACACGGAAGAUGGAAAGCUUUUGCCUGAUCCAGAUUAUGAAGCGCAUAUUGACUAUCGUUGGGGUUGUGAAGGUCUAAGGAAAACCAUUUGGAAUCUUAUGAGUACUGCUGAAGGUGAAAAAAAACCUUCAAGUCCCAUUGAGGAAGAUUUGAAAGCUAGCAAUGCUCAUUGCAUAUCAUACAAAGUAAAGGAUCUCACUAAGGCAAAGAGAGUUGAUGACUUGAGACAAAAGCUUCGGAUGCGAGGCCUACGUUGUCAUCCUAUGUACUGCAGGGGUUCAUCUAGUGUGCAGGUUAUUCCACUCCUUGCAUCAAGAGCACAGGCACUCAGGUAUCUCUUUGUCCGCUGGGGACUGAAUGUUGCAAACAUGUUUGUUUUUCUUGGAGAAACUGGUGACACAGAUUAUGAGGAGUUGAUUUCUGGAACUCACAAGACCAUUAUCAUGAAGGGUGUUGUGUCUAAUGGUUCAGAAGCAAUACUUAGAGGUCCAGGAAGCUACCAAAGAGAGGACGUUGUACCCAAUGAGAGUCCUCUUGUGACAUGCAUUAGUGAAACAACUGAGGACAAGAUUGCCAAUACUUUGAAGGAACUAUCAAAAUCUGGGAUAAUGUGAAGUGUUAAACUACUAGGUGCAUUUUUCUUUUUCAAAUAGUGUUAAUCUGAUUACCUUUACAGUGCACAAAUUGAAAAAUUAUGUAACUGUGUGCUAUUCUUAAGUAUAGAAUCUGGAAAAAGUUAUCUAUGGCUUAUUUUGUCACAAUGCUUUUUCAUAUUAGGACUUGUAUAGAAAUUUCACUUUAGGGUACAGGGUAAUCAUGAAACCUUGUUUCUCUUUUUUCAUUAAAGCAAUGGGAGUUUUUCA